AUGGAGCGCGAUGAGGAAGCACCCGUUGAAGGAGCUCCGGCUGAGGGGGCUCUCACUGAGGUGAAACCCCCCGAUAUUCCUGAAGCUCCCUCAACAGAUGUUUCAACUUCAGAAGAAACGGGCUCCAAAGAGCCCCAAGUUCCUGUCAGCCUUGGUGCUGAAAGUGCCUGGGACAAGCCUGACACCGGAGGGGCUCAAGGCCUCGUGAUUCCUGGUCCCAGUAGGCCCGAGCCCCAGGGGCCCCGCCAGGGCUCUGCUCGCGGCCGAGGUCUUGUGAAGGCAAUGAGAACCAUGAAUGUAAGACAUGAUGAAUCUCAUGAAAUGGAGGAACAGUUUAUAUUGCGUCUGCCUCCGGAACAAGCUUAUGCUGUCAGGAAAAUUAUACAUUCUAGAAAUGCUGCCUCGAAGGAUAAACUAAAAAUUGGCUUUUCUUCUGAUGGACACCAUGCAGUUGUUCAAGUAGAAGAUGUUUCACUGUCUGCUAAACUGGUUAAUUUGCCUUGUGUUAUCGGAAGCCUGAAAACUGUUGAUAGAAAAACAUUUUAUAAGACUGCGGAUAUUUCUCAGAUGCUUGUAUGCAGUCCUGAAGGUGAGCCUCAUUCUUCUCCUGAAGAACCAGUUAUCUCUACUGGUCCUACUGUAACUGGACAUAUUGAAGGGAAGGCUGAGAAAAAAAAAUAUAACUGGAAGCACGGCAUUACUCCGCCACUUAAGAAUGUCAGAAAGAAAAGGUUCCGGAAAACCACAAAAAAGCUCCCAGAUGUCAAACAAAUGGAGGAAAUCAACUUUAGUGAGUACACUCAAUCUCCAAGUGUGGAAAAAGAAGUGAAGAGACUGCUCUGCUCCGAUGCUGAAGCCGUCAGUGUCCGCUGGGAAGUCGUUGCUGAUGAUGAUACUAAGGAAAUAGAAAGUCAAGGGAGCAUCCCAACCACUUCAGGAGAACCACAUAUGGGUGGUGCUAGUUCAUCAGACUAUGAUGUGCUUCGGGAGAUGAUGGGUGAUUCUGGCAGCAACAGUAAUGAUAUGGAAGAGAAGAGUAAUAAAGAUGAUGAUGAUGAUGAUGACGACGACGACGAUGAUGAUGAUGAUGAUGACGACGACGAUCAAGAGGAUGAUGAUGAAGAUGAUGGAAAUGAAGAAAAAGAGGAGGAGACAGACAAUUCGGAAGAGGAAUUAGAGAAGGAGCUGCAAGCCAAAUUUAUUCAAUCUAGCUUCCAUGAAUCAGACCAAGAUUACACUUCAAUAAUCAUGGCAAUUCAGAAACUGAUUUAUAUCAAGGAAAAAAGGCUCCAGCAGAUUUAUAAAAAAGCCCAGCGACAGAAGGAUCUCCUUAGGAAUGUGGAAAACAUGACCCUCAAGAGACAUUUCCAGAAUGUUUUGGGGAAGCUUAACAUAAUGGAAAAAGAGAAGUGUGAGCAGAUUUAUCACCUUCAGGAACAACUGAAAUGUUUCCUGAAGGAAUAA